GGGCAGGCGGGGGCGGGGACGGCCGGGACGCCCCGGCGGCCCCGUGUGAUGCGGAGCGCGGCAGUGGCGGCGGCGGCGUCGCGGCCCUUCCCGGCGUCGCGGCACGGACCGGGGAUCCCGGGGGUUCCGGUGGGUGCCGCCGGGAAUGUCCUCCCCGGCUCAGCCCGCCGCUCCCGGCUCCUUCCAGAGCCCCCGGAGGCUCCCGAAGCGCAAGAGCCGCUUCAAGCGCUCGGACGGCAGCACCUCGUCCGACACCACCUCCAGCAUCCUCCGCAGGCAGGGCUCAGCAGACUCCUACACCAGCCGCCCAUCCCUGGACUCCGACGUGUCCCUGGAGGAGGACCAAGAGGGUGCCCGGCGUGAGGUGGAGAGCCAGGCCCAGCAGCAGCUCGAGAGAGCCAAGCACAAGCCAGUUGCCUUUGCCGUGCGCACUAAUGUCAGCUACUGCGGGGCGCUGGACGAGGAGUGCCCGGUGCAGGGAGCCGCCAUCAACUUCGAAGCCAAAGAUUUCCUGCACAUCAAGGAGAAAUACAGCAAUGAUUGGUGGAUUGGGCGCCUAGUGAAGGAGGGGGGGGACAUCGCCUUCAUCCCCAGCCCCCAGCGCCUGGAAGCCAUGAGGCUCAAGCAGGAGCAGAAAGCCAGGAGAGCUGGCAACAUCUCGGGCCUUGGUGACAGCGGGAACCGGCGAUCGCCUCCCCCCUCCUUAGCCAAGCAGAAGCAGAAACAGACACAGCACAUCCCACCCUAUGAUGUGGUCCCCUCCAUGCGUCCUGUGGUGCUGGUGGGGCCCUCGCUGAAAGGAUAUGAGGUCACCGACAUGAUGCAGAAAGCCCUCUUCGACUUCCUCAAGCACAGAUUCGAUGGCAGGAUCUCCAUCACCCACAUCACCGCUGACCUCUCCCUGGCCAAACGCUCCAUCCUCAACAACCUGGGCAAGCAGGCAAUCCUGGAGCGCUCCACCACCCGCUCCAGCAUCGCUGAGGUACAGAGCGAGAUCGAACGAAUCUUUGAGCUGGCCAAGUCCCUGCAGCUGGUGGUGCUGGAUGCUGACACCAUCAACCACCCUGCCCAGCUGGCCAAGACCUCCCUGGCACCCAUCAUCGUCUAUGUCAAGGUUUCCUCACCCAAGGUCCUCCAGCGACUCAUUAAGUCCCGCGGCAAGUCCCAGGUGAAGCAUCUCAACGUGCAGAUGAUGGCAGCUGACAAGUUGGUGCAGUGCCCCCCGGAGCUCUUUGACGUCAUCCUGGACGAGAACCAGCUGGAGGACGCCUGCGAGCACCUGGCUGAAUACCUGGAGGUUUACUGGCGAGCCACACACCACCCUCCGCACGCCCCCCACGCCAUGCCCUCACCCACCGGCCUCCCGGGCUUGCAGAGCCAGCAGCUGCUGGGGGAGCGCGGGGAGCACUCGCCGCUGGAACACGACAGCCUGAUGCCCUCGGACGAGGCUGGGGAGACUUCCCCCCAAACCUGGGGGGGGGCCGCAUCCCAGCGUAGCUCCCGGCACAUGGAAGAGGAAGAGGAGGAGUACGGGGACCCCUACCCCGACAUCUACCAGCCCCACCGGCACCACAACAGUGGCCUGCAGGGGUCCGGCGCCCCCGAGCGCCAACCCGAGCGCAACCACGAUCGCGGCUGGCAACGCAGCCGGCCCUGGGCCAAGGACAGCUACUAG